AUGGAUAGCCAGCGUGUCCUCUCGUCUUACCGUAAGCGUUUUGGGACUCAGAGCAGCCCCUCGGCCCCGCUCAUCACCAGGAGCCUCGGGCGUCUGUCCCUGCACAGCACCCCACGCCACACGGUCCUGUCCAGCCCCAGCGUUUCCCGUCUGUCCCUGGGAACCGAGAGGCUCGACUUCUCUACGGACUCGCUGCUGAAGGCUCAGUACCGUGAGACGCGCACCAAUGAGAAGGUGGAGAUGAUGGGCCUGAAUGACCGCUUCGCCAGCUAUAUCGAGAAAGUGCGUUUCCUGGAACAGCAGAACAAGGUACUGGUGGCUGAACUGAAUCAGCUACGUGGGAAGGAGCCGAGCCGGCUUGGGGACAUCUACCAAGAGGAACUGAGGGAGCUGCGCAGACAGGUGGAUGGCUUGAACAAUGCCAAGGCACGGCUGGAGAUUGAGAGGGACAACCUGGCGGCUGAUUUGGGCACACUGAAGCAAAGACUUCAGGAUGAAACAACGCUGAGACAAGAUGCAGAAAACAGCCUGAAUGCAUUCAGACAGGAUGUGGACGAGGCGGCUCUGAACAGGGUGCAGCUGGAGCGGAAGAUCGAAGCUCUCCAGGACGAGAUCAAUUUCCUGAAGAAAGUCCACGAGGAGGAGAUGCGGGAGCUGCAGGACCAGUUGAACGCCCAGCAGGUCCACGUGGAUCUGGACGUGUCUAAACCGGACCUGACUGCGGCACUAAGGGAGAUCCGGGUUCAGUACGAGGCCAUGGCGACCUCCAACAUGCAGGAGACUGAGGAGUGGUACCGCUCCAAGUUUGCGGAUCUGACCGAAGCGGCCAAUCGGAACGCAGAGGCUCUGCGGCAGGCGAAGCAGGAGGCCAACGAUUACCGCAGACAGAUUCAGGCCCUGACGUGUGACCUGGAGUCUCUGCGUGGAACCAAUGACUCUCUGGAGCGACAGCUGCGUGAGAUCGAGGAGCGUUUCUCCACGGACACGGCGGCCUACCAGGACACGGUGGCGCGCCUUGAGGACGAGAUCCAGGGUCUGAAGGAGGAGAUGGCGCGACACCUGCAGGAGUACCAGGACCUCCUCAACGUCAAACUGGCACUGGACAUCGAGAUUGCCACCUACAGGAAGCUGCUGGAGGGAGAGGAGAGCCGGAUCACUGUUCCUGUGCAGAGUUUCGCCAACAUUCAGUUCAGAGAGACCAGCAUUGACACUAAAACCCCUCCUGAGAGUCUCACUAAGAGGAGCAUCAUCGUACGAACUGUGGAGACGCGUGAUGGAGAGAUCAUAAAGGAGUCGACCUCGGAGCGAAAGGAGCUGCCGUAAGGGCGUGGCCGCGUCGAGUGUGGAGCGAGCGGCCUGAACCGCUACACACACACACACACACACAUGAGGAAUACACACUGAGCGCUGAGAUAACACUCAUAAACAACAUCAAUAAGUGUUAUAGUACAACAAUUAACACAAUUAACAAAACAAUAUAUUUUGCAAGUUUUAAGCCUUUAAUCUUAAAUAGUCGUUUAAUCUCUUAGUCAUUUACUAACAUCUGUCAGUCAAACUGAGUGUUUAACAAAGAAGGAAAUUCUUUCUCUGAUUAACGUAGGUAGGCUGUUAGAGAAAGGGUUCAAAGUGACGUCGGAUUGGAUCUAAUUAAAGAGAUUGUGUUUAAUUCCUGCUCAAGUAGACCAAGUGCUGCCUCCGCGUGACGUCAGAAUCUCUGUAAUUUAGGGUAAACUGCAUGGUUUCAAUGACUGGUGCUGUGGAAAAUUUAUUUUCCUAAAUAUUACUUACUUCUGUCAUCAUGACGCCAAAGACAUAAUUAGUCAUGGAUGUUUAAAAUUUUUAAAAUAGAAAAAAAAAAAAUGUUCAGACACAACAAUAAAAAGUGUUCGGAGAUACAAAACAGCAAAACUGGCGUACUCUAAACGUGGGCGGGACAUACUGUCUCUCUCUCCUGUCAAUCACAGUGAAGCUAUACAUGUGGAAAAGAGCAAAAAACGUUGUCCUCUAAUUUCGAAAAGAUGCUAGCUUGCUAGCUUUAUACGUUAUACUUCUUAGCCUUCACCUACAGUUGCUACAGGUGUCACAUGAUUCGGCUGAAGUAAAGACCAUGUGAAAACGUGCAGCACAAAAAAAAAAAAAGGAAAUAAUAAAAAACGUUAAUAUCAAAAUAGAUACCGAGCUAGCGAAGUACCCUAGCGAUAGCUUCAUAUUAGAAACAAUAGGAAGACAGGACACAUCCGAUGUUCAUGUGAAGGCAGCACUGAGCAGGUAGAUGAUGUAGUGGUAAUGUAGCGUCGUAGCAUCGUUCAGUAGUAUAUGUCUUAUUGUCAAUUAAACCUUUCAGUUAUGUUUUUUUUUUUUCUUUUAGAGAGGAUGAUUGUUGUCUAGAUUUGAGUAGGUGUGGAACAGACAGCGAGAUGUAGCUUCAUGUCGAAGUGGUCUGCACAGACGUACAGAAUCCGGCGGGUUUUAGGACAUUUUGGGAAUUUGAAAAGUCUUUUAGAAGCGUCUUAGCGAGGGGGAUUUAUCAGAGGUGCUACGUGAAUGGAUUUCUAUUUUUUUAUUUUAAACUUUGUCUGUCCUGUUUUUAAAUUUUUUCAUGCUUUACUGUUAACGCGUUUACGUGACGUCUCUUGUUUAACUCACGUUCCUGAUCUAAAUAAAGCAG